AGCGAGGAACCGCGCAGGGACAGCCGGACUGAGGCAGCUGGAGGCGACAGCUUCUGAAACACGCACGACAGCUGCGUUUCGGGGUCUUGGGCAGUAACGCCCCGGCGGGACGGUGGGCGCGGCGCGAAAACGGAUUUUGGUGGUAUUCUCCAGUGACAUCCAGUACCUCUGCCUGCUGAAGGCUUUGACCAAGGCUGCUCUCAGCUGCUGACAUCGUCCUGAGCAAAGGAGGGCGUAGAAAUCAGGGGUGCCUUGGGAGGCUUCUGACCGGCGGAUCUUCUGAAGAGCAAUGCUAAGACAACCUUCGGCUUAAAGCAUUAAAAAGAAAUUUUACAUCUUCAAGUAAGAAGACUUCCUUCAAAGUUCCCUGCAUGAGAAAUUAUUUGAGCGUUGCCCGCAACUCUUCUGCGAGAGAAGAAAAGGAAAUUCCGUGUGUGGGUCUCAGCAGGAGAAGAGCUGAUGCCGCCGCUUAAAAUAAUGCCGAAAAAGAAGCACCUCUCUGCAGGCAGAGUGCCCCUGAUUCUCUUCCUGUGCCAGAUGAUUGGUGCCCUGGACGUGCCUCUUGAUCCAAAGCUUCUUGACGACUUGGUACAACCUCCAACCAUCACUCAACAGUCACCAAAGGACUACAUUGUUGACCCUCGGGAGAACAUUGUGAUCCAGUGUGAGGCUAAAGGGAAGCCUCCUCCCAGCUUCUCCUGGACUCGCAAUGGAACUCAUUUUGACAUCGACAAAGACCCUCUGGUCACCAUGAAGCCUGGCUCAGGAACACUCGUCAUCAACAUCAUCACUGAGGGGAAAGCAGAGACCUAUGAAGGAGUCUACCAGUGCACAGCAAGGAACGAGCGUGGCGCUGCUGUCUCUAAUAACAUUGUGGUCCGCCCAUCCAGGUCGCCCUUGUGGACCAAAGAAAGACUUGAACCAAUCACACUUCGAAAUGGUCAGUCAUUGGUACUUCCCUGUAGGCCUCCAAUUGGAUUACCACCAGCCAUAAUAUUUUGGAUGGAUAACUCCUUCCAAAGACUUCCACAGAGUGAGAGGGUUUCCCAAGGCCUGAAUGGAGACCUUUACUUCUCCAAUGUCCUCCCAGAAGACACCCGUGAAGACUAUAUCUGCUAUGCCAGAUUUAAUCACACUCAAACCAUACAACAGAAGCAGCCUAUUUCUCUGAAGGUGAUUUCAGUGGAUGAAUUGAAUGACACUAUAGCUGCUAAUUUGAGUGACACUGAGUUUUAUGGUGCUAAGCCUAGUAAAGAAAGGCCACCAACAUUUCUAACUCCAGAGGGCAAUGAAAGCCUCAAGGAGGAGCUAAGAGGAAACGUGCUUUCUCUGGAGUGCAUCGCAGAAGGCCUGCCUACGCCAAUCAUUUACUGGAUCAAAGAAGAUGGAACCCUUCCUGUCAACCGGACGUUCUAUCGGAACUUUAAGAAAACCUUGCAGAUCACUCAGGUUACAGAAGCAGAUUCUGGAAAUUACCAGUGCAUAGCGAAAAACCCAUUAGGAGCCGUUCAUCACACCAUCGCGGUCACAGUUAAAGCGGCCCCAUACUGGAUUGCAGCGCCUCAAAACCUCGUCCUAUCCCCAGGAGAGAAUGGCACCCUCAUCUGCAGAGCUAAUGGCAACCCCAAGCCCAGAAUUGCCUGGUUAACAAAUGGAGUCCCAAUAGAAAUUGCGCCUGAAGAUCCCAGCAGAAAAAUAGAUGGUGAUACCAUUAUUUUUUCAAAUGUUCAAGAAAGAUUGAGUGCGGUUUAUCAGUGCAAUGCCUCUAAUGAAUACGGAUACUUACUAGCGAAUGCAUUCGUAAAUGUGCUUGCUGAACCACCUCGAAUUCUCACAUCUGCAAACAUACUGUACCAGGUCAUCGCAAACAGACCUGCUUUCUUAGACUGCGCCUUCUUUGGGUCUCCUCUGCCUACCAUUGAGUGGUUUAAAGGAACCAAAGGAAGCGCUCUUCAUGAGGACAUUUAUGUUUUACAUGAUAAUGGAACAUUAGAAAUUCCUGUGGCCCAAAAGGAUAGUACAGGGACGUAUACAUGCGUUGCAAGAAACAAAUUAGGGAUGGCAAAGAACGAAGUUCACUUGGAAAUCAAAGAUCCAACCAAAAUCAUCAAGCAACCCGAACAUGCAGUCGUGCAGAGGGGGAGCAAAGUGUCCUUUGAGUGCAAAGUGAAACACGACCAUACUUUAAUUCCCACCAUCGUGUGGCUGAAGGACCAUGGAGAGCUGCCCAAUGAGGAAAGGUUCUCCGUAGACAAGGAUCAUCUGGUGGUAACUGAUGUCAGUGACGAUGAUGGCGGGACCUACACGUGCGCAGCCAACACGACGCUGGACAGGGUCUCUGCCAGUGCUGUGCUCAGGGUUGUCGCUCCUACUCCAACUCCAGCCCCCAUUUACGAUGUACCGAAUCCUCCCUUUGAUUUAGAGUUGACCAAUCAACUUGACAAAAGUGUUCAGCUGACGUGGACCCCAGGCGAUGACAACAAUAGCCCCAUUACAAAAUUCAUCAUUGAAUAUGAAGAUGCAAUGCAUGAAGCAGGGGUAUGGCACCACCAGGCUGAAGUUUCUGGAACACAGACCACAGCACAGCUAAAGCUGUCUCCGUAUGUGAACUACUCCUUCCGAGUCAUGGCGGAGAACAACAUUGGGAGGAGUGUGCCCAGCGAGGCAUCGGAGCAAUACCUGACGAAGGCCGCCGAACCAGAUCAAAAUCCCACAGCUGUGGAGGGACUAGGAACAGAGCCCGACAACUUGGUAAUUACAUGGAAGCCCUUGAACGGUUUUGAAUCGAAUGGGCCCGGCCUCCAGUACAAAGUGAGCUGGCGUCAGAAAGAUGGUGAUGAUGAGUGGACCUCUGUGGUGGUAGCCAACGUAUCCAAAUACAUUGUCUCCGGCACGCCAACCUUUGUCCCAUACCUGAUCAAAGUUCAAGCCCUGAAUGACGUGGGGUUUGCGCCAGAGCCAGCUGUAGUCAUGGGCCAUUCUGGAGAAGAUCUUCCGAUGGUGGCUCCUGGGAAUGUGCGUGUCAAUGUGGUGAACAGUACCUUGGCAGAGGUACACUGGGACCCAGUACCUCUGAAGAGUGUCCGAGGACACUUACAAGGCUACCGGAUCUACUACUGGAAGGUGCAGAGCUCGUCCAAAAGAAACAGACGCCACAUUGAGAAGAAGAUCCUCACCUUCCAGGGCAGCAAGACUCACGGCAUGCUGCCAGGGCUGCAACCGUACAGUCACUAUUUUCUCAACGUCCGAGUAGUCAACGGGAAAGGGGAGGGCCCAGCUAGCAGCGACAGAGGCUUCCAUACUCCAGAGGGAGUCCCCAGUGCUCCCUCCUCUCUGAAAAUUGUCAAUCCCACCCUGGACUCUCUCACUUUGGAAUGGGACCCGCCGAGUCACCCCAAUGGCGUCCUGACUGAGUACACCUUAAAAUACCAGCCAAUUAACAGCACACAUGAACUUGGCCCCCUGGUAGAUUUAAAAAUUCCUGCCAACAAGACACGCUGGACUUUAAAAAAUUUAAAUUUCAGCACUCGGUACAAGUUUUAUUUCUAUGCACAAACAUCGGUGGGAUCAGGCAGUCAGAUUACAGAGGAAGCAAUAACGACUGUGGAUGAAGGUAAGAUGGCUGGUAUUCUUCCACCUGAUGUAGGUGCAGGCAAAGUUCGAGCAGUAAACCCCAGGAUCAGCAAUCUCUCUGCCGCAGCCGCUGAGACGUAUGCCAAUAUCAGUUGGGAAUAUGAGGGACCAGAGCAUGUGAAGUUUUAUGUUGAAUAUGGUGUAGCAGGCAGCAAAGAAGAAUGGAGGAAGGAACUUGUAAAUGGUUCUCGAAGCUUCUUUGGGUUAAAGGGUCUCAUGCCAGGAACAGCAUACAAAGUGCGAGUUGGUGCUGAGGGGGACUCUGGUUUUGUGAGUUCAGAGGAUGUGUUUGAGACAGGCCCAGCGAUGGCAAGCCGGCAAGUGGAUAUUGCGACCCAGGGCUGGUUCAUAGGUCUAAUGUGUGCCGUCGCCCUCCUCAUCUUAAUUUUGCUGAUUGUUUGCUUCGUCAGAAGAAACAAGGGUGGUAAAUAUCCAGUUAAAGAGAAGGAGGAUGCUCAUGCAGACCCUGAAAUCCAGCCCAUGAAGGAAGAUGAUGGGACAUUUGGAGAGUACAGCGAUGCAGAAGACCACAAGCCUUUGAAAAAAGGAAGCCGAACACCUUCAGACAGGACUGUGAAAAAAGAGGAUAGUGACGAUAGCCUGGUUGACUAUGGCGAGGGGGUGAAUGGCCAGUUCAAUGAGGAUGGCUCCUUUAUUGGACAAUACAGCGGUAAGAAAGAGAAAGAACCAGCCGAGGGCAAUGAGAGCUCAGAGGCCCCCUCACCUGUCAACGCCAUGAACUCCUUCGUUUAAGUCUUUAGGCUCUGCGCCAAUGUCCCAUUUCUCUGGAAUGUCUUUCCUGAGCUCUUCUCGUCCCUCUCAGCCUGUGGACACGUGGGUAGAAAGGAUGCUUUCUGCUGUCUGUGAGUAUUAUGAGAGCAAAGCGAGAACAGAACUCAGUCACGCGAUACGUUAAUGUGAACUGGGGUGCAACGCGCAUACUUUUUGUUGUUCAGAGUGAGUUUUCUCAAUUUCCUUGGAACUGAUUAAAAAACAAUCCAACAUCAUCCACAGCUCCCAUCAUUCCCUGUGCGGGAUACAGCUCCAUUAGCUGCAUGAAACAUGCCGCACUGAGGCCACACCGCGGAUGUGAUGGCGACAUGGUCAGGUACUUAGUGCCACUAUCCUCAGCUGAACCCUAAAUAUGAAUUCCGUUGUUAUUGUGGAGAGUGUUCCUGUAGCGUUCUCUAGAGCUCCAAUGUCUCUGUGGACAUUGUUGUGAAACUCGUGACUAUGUCUAGCUGUUGUUAGUCUUUCCGGGAGACUGUUAGGAACAGUGUGUACAGUAAAUACUUCCUAUGUGAAUUAAUUAUGACAGACACAUCUGCUAAUGCUCACCAAGGCUCCGCCACCUCUUCUUUGCUCCUGUUACUUCCUACGCUUCUUAACCCUCCAGGUUACAGUGGCAGUGUCCCACUUCUUACGCUCUCUGUGUCCAGUUGUUUGGGGGCAUAAACGUGACAUUUUGUGAUCCCUUCUGGCAUGUGUGCCAUACAGAAAGAACGGAAGACAAAACUCUCAAGUUAGAUUUCAGAUCUUAGUCUAGAAGAUGCAGGGCGAGCCUCGUGCAGUGCUUUCAGACACUCAGCAUUCCCUGAUGCCUGUGCUAUCUAGACUGGCCAAUCUGAGCAGCUCCAUCCUGUGCGACUGCUGUUGGGAGGGAGGGACUUUAAAAAGGCAUUGGCAGUGAGAACCGAAGUGCUGGAAAGCUGGGAAAGUAAAAACAAGUUUAUUUGAAGGGGCUUUCCCCUAUAAAUAUCAAAAGCAAAGAAAGCUUUGUCAUCAGCCUGAGAGCAUGAUGGGCCUGUGAUCUUUUGUUGUUUCUAGCCAAACAAGCUAUAUCGAAGAAGAAAAUUGAGGUUAAAAAUGGAUGAAAAACACCUGAUUCUAGAACUGAAACACAGAACAGCAUGCGAACAGAGAUUCCAGUAUACCUAUAUGAGCUUCCAAACUGCAGCACUCAACAGUGUAUGUGCAAACUGCAACAGGCACACUCCAGAAUCUGCAAAAUCUGACAAGCGCUUAAUUAGGCCAGCAGUCAAAGGGAUUACAGCUGCAGCCUAAAGAAUAAAUGCAUAUACCCUACCAUAGUCAUAAACGGUGUGUAUGAAAUGACUUACCUCCAAUAUAAAAAUCUAUGACAACCUAUGGUUGAAGGGAUGCUCAAAUUCACUUGCCAAUAAAUUGGUUUCUCAUAACUUGCAUCAAGUUUAAUUUUAAGUAAAGCUUUUUCUAUGUAGAUAUUCUGUUGAAUUUGUAAAUAUGAGGAAAGUGUAGAUGCUAUAUGCUUAGAGGUGUUAUGUGCAAAUAAACACGCAAGCAAUGUUUAUGUUCUGCUGUGUGAGACGCAAGCUCAUCAAUUAAUGCAGUGUAAGGGUGUGAAAACAGCAAAUGCCUACUUUGGGUUUUUCGCCCUCUUCUUUUUGCUGUGCAACUGGAAUCGCGAGCUAUUUUCUCCACUGUGUCAGCCAGUUUCUGACCGAGAUCCUCAGCAUUAAUGGAUGGAGUAUAGUAGGAUUUGUUACCUGGCGUCUUUGAUGUAUACAGGUAAAACUUGCUUUCAAGUGAUCCCUAAAUGAAGCAGCCCUAAAUACUCUCAUGGCUUCACAUUUACUGUCCCCAACCAGCCUAGCAAUGGGAAAUACAAAGAAUAAGACAGGCUUGCCUAGACACCAGAAGGCACAGAGACUAAAGUUACCUCAGUGUUUUCAGAGAAAAAUAAAUACAUGUCUUCUUCCAGCCAGAGAUGCUAAAUGUCUCUGUGCAUGAAGAAGUCACUUCUGCAGAUUAUGACGGACUUGUAUUCAAAAUUAAAUGUGGUUGUAACAUCCCUCCCUCUUUUGAACUCUGCCGUGUUCCCAGCGGAAUGGGAAUGACCAGGUGUAACUAGAGAUCAUCUGUGCACAGAGCAAGAACAUGUGACCAGACUGCCGUCAGAAAGUGACUGUCAUUGAGUUUUAGCUCCUUCAAACCUGAUUUUCAAAAAAGGUUUUUGAAGAAAUUUUGACUUUUUUUGCAUUAUUUUUGAAAGGCCUAGGACAUUAUCACAAAACUAAAUAUAAGAAUUGAUAAAACAGCAUAAUCCAGAAUUUUUAAUGAAGGGUUAGGGGCUAAGCAAAAAGAGAUAGUUCCAGUAUUUUGAGAAUUGGAAAUGAAAUCCCAUUGUGUUCUUUCUUAAAAAUGCCCAAUUUGCCCAAUCUGUGAUGACCAGCCCAUUCCACCAGCUCAGACCUCCUCCCGCCUCAAGCACAGUUUGUAUUUCUUAACAUGGCUGCUUGGUGAGAGAGUUUGAACACUCAUACAUAUCACGAAUAUGUCACCCACUUCCUUCUGGCCGUCUCCAAGCCGUAUAGGUGUGCGAAUAGCCCAAGCCUAGCAAUUACCAACAUUCCAUUACCUGCCCUAGUCCCAGGCCCCUGGUCCCAGCAGUACACUCAGGAGACUCGCCUUGCCCUCUUGGUUAUUUAGAAAGCACAGAGCUAUCUAAUAGAGCUCAGAAUCCCUCCUACAGAAGCCACGUUCACGGCUCCCUCAGAUCCUCCUUUCUCCUCUUCACUGUGUGCCAGAUUAACAAAGGCGCACCUGCAUUCUGCAACAUGUCAGGGCUCUGUGGCAACAGGGGAUGUAAAAGAAUAAGCAUAGCUUCAGAAAUAUCGGGUAGUUAUAAAGCGGUGUAAACCAUUUUGUUGGGGUGGUUUUAACGACUUUUGAGAUGAGGGGAGUCCAGGAACUCAGGGAUUCUUAUCUACGGAAUGCGUCGCUCCCGCUCGAGACGUUUCCACCGCUGACCACCAGAGGGCGCUCCUUGCUUUAUUCGGCACAAAAGAAAACUAGAGAAAGCCGCCUAGGGAUCCCGUCCCAAUCAGUUUGGAUAAUCAAAGGAUAACCUGAUGGAGCAGAAAAUGAUCGCCUGCUGCAAAGAAAGACAUGGGACUGCAGCUCUCCCUAGUGAGCUCUUUCCAGAGAGGAAACAUGAGGUUUGUGAGCCUUUUGCAUAGUUUUUCUCUUGAUUGGGCUUCAGCCUCGGCGAUUCAGGGAAGGAGUUGCCCUGGAGUUCACUGGCCAGCUUUGUCAGGUGCCUGUGUGAGACAAUAAGAGAUAGGAGUCCUUAAAACGGCAUUAAUCCCUUUCUUCAAAGACACGAUUUUUGUUGGCCACCAAUGGUUUGAUGAUUGUUAUUGAAUCAAACACACACAAAAGCAGUUUAAAUACCACCCACAGCUCUUAUGAUUCACUUAAGAGAAGGGGAGGGAAGAGCAGAUGCUAUUACUGCAGUAUCCAUACUGAAUAGUGGCUUGGUGGGGUGGAAAGAUCAGUGGCCCAGAGAGAAGUAAGGGUUUGUACCAACUGGGCCCUCUGCCAGCGUUACGGCCCUGCACCAACCCCUCCUCUAACCAUUUAGAUAAUGGUUUCCUCAGGUAGAUAACGCUGGGGUAGAUGAAGUCUAGUCUACUACGCCUUUCCACUCCAAUCCUGUGGGUCCUAGGAACGAAAGAAUAAUCUGAGCACCGGCUAAAGCCGGGAUGAAACACAAGCAAAACCGGAAGUGAGUCCUGCUCCGCUGUGGCCUGGAGCCCAGUGUGCGCAGACAGGGACAAUCAGAGGAUCACCUGGAUAGGUGCAAGUCCACACGCAGGAAAGAGCUCAGAAUGGAAAGCAGUCUAAACAGGGUGGUCGGGAAAGAGGCCCCAGGCACGAAAUGUGAGCUGAAAGGUGAAAGUCAAGGACGGACCACAGAAAAGCCAGGGGACAAGCUGGCCACAGCGAGGCCAGCAUGCCUGCCUAGGUGCAGCGGCCAGUCUAGAUGGGCCUGAGGACCCUGUGCCAAACCUACUUACUAUUAGUGAAGAAACAGGAAAGUGAGGAGCAAACGAAAGGGUCAAGGAACUCCUCAGAUUAAGGGCAGCAAAUGAAAGGGUCAAGGAACUCCUCAGAUUAAGGGCUGCUGUUUAAACCAUGGGGCCCUGAGCAAACUGCUAAGGAAGAAGAACAUGAACAAGGGGCUGAGGGGGGCGCACCAUCCAGAAACUCUCAAUGUAGCGAACAGGAGAGGGAGAAAGGGACUCCCUGGAAAUCCAGUAACAGGACAUGCUUGUGUCUGCAAAGCAGGGGACUGUGUUCAGUUGGAAGCCAGGGAAAAGAAAGGCCAUUGCAAGAAUGAAAGUAGGGGGGUUGGAGAGAUGACUCAGCGGUUAAGAGCACUGACUGCUCUUCCCAGUUCAGUUCCCAGCACCCACAUGGCAGCUCACAACAGUCUGUAACUCCUGUUCCAGGGGAUCUGACAACUUCACACCAAUGCACAUAAAAUAAAGUUAAAUAAAUCAUAAUAAAUUAUAUAUAAAAAAGAAUGUUUCCACCAGGGUCUUGACAACUCCUCCGUGUCAGAUGCUACCCACCAGUCACCCCUGCCCCUGCUUUUCUGACUAUCCACUGACUUUAAACUGCUCAAGUCUCAGAAACCAACCGUCUUAAUCCCACACCCUUCAGUUAUCAGUGCUCUGCUUCACGGCCAGAUGGUUGAACUGAUAUCAGGAAAUGUAUAAGGGAACUAACUAAUCAUAGAAGCCACGAUUGACCAGACAGUCCAUCCCUUUUGUUCUUUCCAUUCAGUAUGUCCUGUAGACCGUGUCUUUCUUCAGCUCUUAAGUGUGUGCCUCGUUAUCUCAUUGGGUGGCUCCACAAGAGAUGUUUUUCAUCAGUGCUUAUCAGCUGGCUCACUGAAAUCACCUGGCAGUUUUAAAAGCCCAGCGUCUGUUUGCCCUGGCCCACAGUGGAUGUUCGCUGUUUUCAGUACCUGAUCUGAACCUCACCCUCACUAGGAAAGCGUCCCCAGAUGGUUCUGAUGUGCAACCAGUGUGGGAACUGAUGUUGGCCUUCUUAUACUUUGCUACUGUGUAAGUAGUCAUGGAACGAUAUUUCAAAUAGAGUCCUCAACACAGCGCAAUGGUGGAGCUCAAAUUCUCUCAUAUGCCCCACAUAAAAUGAAUCUAGAGAGCCGUGUAGAAUGCUCACACAUUGGUGGAGGGAAUCCAAAAUGGCGCAGCCAUUCUGGAAAGCGUUUAUCAGUUUCUUUAAAUAUUGAAUAUAAAUUUACCAUGUGACCGCAAUGCAACUCAUAAAUCUAGACCCAAGAGAAAUGAACAUCUACAUCUAGCCAUGGGCUUGCAUAUACAUGUUCACUAAGUAUCAGUCAUAACUGCUAGCAAACAAGCCCAGCGGCUGUGAGCAGAUGAACACCUGAACAAAAUGAGUAUAUCCUAUGAAUAGAGGUAUAGCUGCCUGGUCAGAGGAAACACUACCCGGUGUGUUCUAUAAAGGGUUGCCGAACACAACAAUAAGAGGGGUCUCCAAGAACAUUGCAUUUGAAAUGCCAAGCACAAAGCCCACUAUUCUCACUUACUUGAACUGUCCAGAAAGGCAAAUGUGUGAAAACAGGAGCUAGAUUGCUCUCUGGGGUUAGGGGUGGUGGAGGCAAGGAUUUACUUCAACUUGGUGCGAGGGCUCUUCCUGAAGUACUAAAACAUCUUGAGUUUUAUAGUUAAAACAACUGCAUUAUGGAACCACAGACACCUCAAUGAAGCUUAUGUUUGUCUGAAUGGUAAAUAGAGUUGUGUAUACAUGAGGCUUAGAUGAGUACAGUCUCACACCAUGGUCACAUAACCUCCUGAUCUUCAAGGAUGUUACAAGGCCACUAAGGCCAGGUGUUCCCCAGAGUGGCAGCAUCGGUUGUUAGAAUCGCGUUCUUGCCCUGCCCCCCAUCAAUCGAUUCAGGAACUCUGCAGGCAUAAACCUGCGUCUGGCGUUCUAACACUCCCUCGGAUUCUGAAACACACUAGCUUGUGUGGAACAUGGCACUCAGCCUCUUUCCUAUCCCAUCUGGAGGAAUGGGAAAGACUUAGCUUUGAGAUUAAAGAAAGGGACCAGGUAGUUUUCAUAAUAGAAAAAAAAUCUUCAAGUAGUCGUUCAAGUGCCCAUGGUAGGUAAGUGGUUAAACAAAUUUUUGAACUGUGCACAAUGUUUAGACCACCAGCCACCAGUAAGUACAAGUAUUUCACGCCACUAAGGGAAACCAAGCACAGAGCUUUUGCUGCUAUGGAACACUGAAGCAGGUGAAACUUUCCUCCAAGGACAGGAAGCAGACUGUGGCUGCUAGGGAUGAGUUUGCAGAGGGAUUUACCUUUGGGAGGCAGAGAAAACUCUUAGAGAUGAUGGAUAUUUUGGUUGUGAGGAUAGUUAUAGGGGUAUUCGUUCAUCAGAACUAAAAAAUUAUAUGCUUAAAGUCAGUGUGCUUUGUUAUAUAUGUUGUAUCUCAAUAAAGUUGAUUUGAUUUUGAAAGGAAAAUAAACUGGACAUAGGUGAUUCCUCCCCUUACAGGCUCUCUCUCUUUCUUUCUACUGCUCACCCUAGGAUGGGGCAGAGAAGAAGGGGACCCAGGUUCUGCUUUGUCUUAUGUUAGGGAUCACCCUGUCCUUUCAAAAGUCUAUGGUGGCCUUCUCCUCUACCUGUUCAGUUGAGCAUGGUGUUGUAGGUCAAGCCAAGGUUACAGAGCAUCCCCAGACUUUCUUGGUUGGGUGGGCUCAAGGACCCUAAUGAGGUAGAAUAUGAGCACCCAAAUAUGGAUGACCAAUCCAAGAUCUAGAUUUGAUGUUCACCUUAGAAAUAAAGUAAUAUUUGAUUUCCAUUCAUACAGUUGCUACAUUUGUGUUCUCUAGUCAACUGCCAACUAGAGGACAACUCAGUCCCCAAGAGCCCUGCCUGGCCAGCAUCACUCCCAGGUCUUUCUUCACACUGGGGGUAUGGACAGCUGGUCCUGAUGCAGAAGAGGCUUCUCAGUUCUGACUCUGUGACAAGCCACCUUUGGAGCCUUUCUGAGGUUGGACUUUUACCAUCAUUUGAAGUACGAUUAAUAAACACUCAGAGAGAGAAAUUGGGGUUCAGCCUGAAGAUCGAAAAGCAAAACAGCCAAACACUGACUCUUACCUCAACCUUAGUCCAAAAUGGCAAUCCUGCCUCCUGGAAUC